UGGAUUAAAUGCUUUGUAAAUUGCAAUUAAAGUUAAAAUAGAUGGCUGUAGAGUCUUGGGAGUUACGAUUUACCUUGCCUUUCAUCCCACGCCAUGAAUCCCAUAAAGCAAUGAAACCUGCGUUUCUUUCUUCCUUCUUCAUCGCCUUUGAAUCCACACCCACUUCUCUGCCAUGGACACCAAAAACAAGGACGUUAUUCGAUUAGAGCGUGAAUCCGUCAUCCCCAUCCUCAAGCCCAAGCUAAUCAUGACUUUGGCCAACCUAAUUGAACAUGGUUCUGAUCGGGCCGAGUUUCUAAAGUUCUGCAAGAGAGUUGAGUACACGAUACGAGCUUGGUAUCUUCUCCAAUUUGAGGAUUUAAUGCAAUUAUACUCCCUCUUCGACCCUGUACAUGGGGCUCAGAAAUUGCAGCAGCAAAAUUUAUCUUCUGAAGAAGUAGAUGUACUUGAACAGAAUUUCUUGACAUAUUUAUUUCAGGUGAUGGAGAAGAGUAAUUUUAAGAUUGCUACAGAUGAGGAGAUUGAUGUCGCACUUGCAGGGCAAUAUCUUCUUAACCUUCCCAUAAUAGUUGAUGAAUCUAAGAUUGACAAGACACUUCUGAAGAGAUAUUUUUCAGAGCACCCCCAACCAAACCUUCCUGAUUUUGCUGAUAAGUACAUUAUCUUCAGACGUGGGAUAGGAAUUGAUCGUACAGCGGAUUAUUUUUUCAUGGAGAAGGUGGAUAUGAUCAUUGCACGUCUUUGGGCAUUUCUUUUAAGGCUGACACGAUUGGAAAAACUUUUGAACAGAAGAUUAAGAGAACGACAUAAGAAAGAGCCAAAGAAGGAUGAUGAAAUUAACCCUGAAGCAGACAGUGAAGAUUUGUAUGUUGAACGGAUCCGUCUUGAAAAUAUGGACCUAAGCAGCAUCAAGAAAUUGGUGAGCAAGACUACAAUCCAAGAGCCUACUUUUGAUAGGAUUAUUGUUGUCUACAGGAGAGCAAGCCCCAAACCAAAUACGGAUCGAGGAAUAUACGUAAAACAUUUCAAAAAUAUUCCAAUGGCAGAUCUGGAAAUAGUGCUUCCUGAAAAGAAAAAUCCAGGAUUAACUCCCAUGGACUGGGUCAAGUUCCUUGCCUCUGCUGUUGUGGGGCUGGUUACUGUGUUUAGUUCUCUUCAAAUGCCUACAGCUGAUCUUUGGGUCAUCUUUGCCAUUUUGUCAACUGUGAUUGGUUACUGCGCUAAGACAUAUUUCACGUUUGAAGCAAACAUGGCUACAUAUCAGAAUUUAAUAACACAGUCCAUGUAUGACAAACAACUCGAUAGUGGAAGGGGAACUUUACUUCACUUGUGUGAUGAUGUGAUUCAACAGGAAGUGAAAGAGGUAAUCAUCUCAUUCUUUAUACUAAUGGAGCAAGGUAAAGCCACCAUGGAGGAUUUGGAUCUAAGGUGCGAGGAACUAAUUAAAGAGGAAUUUGGGGAGAGCUGUAACUUUGAUGUGGAUGAUGCAGUUGAAAAGCUAGAGAAGUUGAAAAUUGUUUCUCGGGAUUCUAUUGGACGAUUUUAUUGUGUUGGACUGAAACGUGCAAAUGAGAUUAUUGGUGUCACCACUGAGGAACUCGUGCUGAAGGCAAGACAGGGUUCUAUUUCAGCUUAAUGCUAUGCUACCUCGGUGAGUCAGGAUGGUGAGUGGAGGAUAUACAUGUAUGAACCUGAGCCACGUGGUAAUGAGGUUAUCAGAACCCUAAAAUCCUUCCUUCAUAUCAUGUGACAUGGGAACUGGGAUGUGGGUGGAAAGACGUGGUCCAGCAAGCAGCUAUGCAGUUGUGCAUAUUGUUGAUUUUAAUGUGUGUGUGUAUUUCCUUAUCUCAAUUUGAGGGUUUCAUUUUCUGUCAUCUAUGUGCUGUACAUUAUAUUUUGGGGUAUGUGGCAUGUUGUAGCUUUAUGAAAAUUGCUAACUUCGUUUAUAUUAUGCAUGUUUGUUUGGAA